CAAUGGCUAGUUGGCUCUGCACGGGUACCAAAAUGUAGCUCCUCUCUCCAAAGACCCUAGGCCGAUCUACCAAGCGUUUUUCUUUCGCCUUAGCCUUUCUCUCUCUUUUCAUUGUAUGGGCAUUACUGAUUGCUAAAGCCCGAGAACUUAAGCCUAUCACAACCAAGGUUACUAGAUAACACCUUUUUAUACUACCAUGUCUGCCGCCGUUCCAGCCGCCGCCAUCACCACAGACCCAGCUGCUGUUGCCGCUACAGACCCAGCUGCUGUUGCCGCUACAGAUCCGGCUGCUGUCGCCGCUACAGGUCUGGCUGCAGUCGCUUCCACCACUGCAAGUGCCGCUGUUGUCGGUGCUGCCACUGCCGCCGCCUCGACCCCAGGUGUGGUUGGAGCCACUACCGCGACAUCGGCUACAGUAGACUCUGCCACCGCUCCCGUCUCUACUGCUAGCGUGGCCAACCCAGCCACUUCUGCCACCACUGCCCCAGUUGAACUGGUGACCAGCCCUACCAUCACUCCAGAGACUUCCACCACUACCACCCCAGCCACCGACACCUUUGCUUCAACUGCAGAACUGACUGUUGCUCCAGUCAGUACGCCUGAAACAACAGCUACAUCAGCUGUACUGGCCGUGACCACAUCUGCCGCGUUUACUCCUGCUACAACCACCCCCACGACCACCUCUAUGGUCAACCCUACGACCACUCCUUCGACCACUUCCUCGACCACCCCCACCUCUGCUCCAACCUCUAAAGGCGACGGAAACGUGACAUUGACCAACCUAGUGACCACCACCGAAACCUCCUCUGACACAGGGCUCCCCACGGUUGCCACCACCGAGGGCUACACCCAGCACUACAUUAUCACCGACUCCCAGACCACAAUUUCCACACAGCUUACCACGAACACAGUCUUCACGUUGUCGGGAACUCAGGUGCCAUCCUCCGUGGCUGCUGCCAUGACUGCUGCAAUCACAACGGACUACGCAUUCUACCAAUCCACCUUCAACAUCAAGAGUUCCACCAAAAAGAGCGUCAACACCGGCGCCAUUGUGGGUGGUGUGGUUGGUGGUGUGGUUGGUGCCUUCUGUAUAAUCCUAGCGUUGUUCCUUUUCCGCAGAUAUAAGCGCAAGAAGAAGUCGCAGUUCGAAUUGGAUGACGCUGCUGCGGAGGUUCUCCCUGCCGAUAACUACGAGAAGGAGGGCUACCUCACCAACUUGGACCGCGACGAUACCUUCAACCACCCUAUCUCCAUUAACUCUAACAACCACAAGAACUUGGCGAUGGGUGGCACUGCUGCCUUUGCGGCCCAGCAGCUCCAGAAGACCCAGCCAGCGGACUCAUACAGGGGCGUCACCGAUAUUCAUCACUCAAAUUCCGUGGGCUCCAGUCGAUACACCAACUCCAACUACCAGGACCUGACGGCGCAACAGAGAUACCCGUCAACCUCCCAGACCAGUGCCUCCAACCUUCGCUAUGGCGGUGCUCUUGCUGGAGGUACUUUCGCCGGUGCUGCGAUAGCCCCUGAUGAUGUGCCGUUGCGCAAUCCAUCCAGAGAGCACCAGCCUAGCCCGGAUACUUAUGAGCAGGAUCCAGACGGGCCUGACGCCGUGUGGAACCAAGGCACCAAUCGCAGCUACUCCGAGCAGCAGUACUACAGCGACGACCACAAUGGGCACAGCGCAAUCUUCGAGCACGAUAACGAGGAGUACGCUGGAGGGCGUAACCACGGCUACGCAUAUGACCCGAACGCCAGCGGUGAGUACGGCUAUGGUGAUGCCUUAGACACCGAGAGACCGCCGUCCGCCUACAAGAAGAAGAACGGCAGUCGUGCCACCUUCAGCGAAGACUUGUCCGAUUAAACCAGUGUGUUACUAUCACCACCCUCAUAGGCACUGAGGCUAGUCCUGGCUCAUGUGCCUUUCCACAUCUGUACUUUCUGUCUAUUCCCGACGCCUUUUUGUCCGCCUUUCCAUCUAAUUUUGCUAUUUGCUUUCCCCUUUCAUGUUU